AUGGCCACGUCCGGCUUUCUUCCGCAUUCGCAACCGCAAUCCUUUAGAUCCACUGCUGCGCCUGCUCCGUCGCCUUAUCCGCUGUCUAUUGGUGCCAUCCACCCUUUCGAGCGCGAUGCGACUACUAAGCCCGCCGCUAUGCCGUAUGUUGCGACUCCUUCGCCCGUCUCGUCUGUCUUGAUUCGGCGCUUGCCAGCAGACACCACCGAGGAAAAGCUGAGUUUGAUGCUUCUCUUCUCGAAGGAAUUGGUUGACAUUGAAAUGCUUUCUGCCGAGCAAUCGGAAGAUCUGGGGUUUCGAUCCGCCAUUGUGAGAUUUAAGACUCCUGGUGGGGCACAGCAAGCUAAGGAUAUGCUGCACGGCAAGUCUAUAAGCUCGAGCGACGUCGAUUUAAUUGUCGAGAUUGUGUCGGGCAGUCCCACCGCAUCUAGAAGGUACCCGAUUGACGGUGCGAUCUCUGCCCCGUCUAGCGCUCCCUCCUCGACGACAUCUUCGGGCCAGGCCUCGCGUCAAUCAUCUAGAUUCAACGGUCCGUUUCAAUCUCUGGAUAACAUAUCACCUCCUAUGAAUGGAAUAUACGGAAGUAAUGAGUUAUCGAACCCCGAAUCUAGCGCGCAUUAUCAGAGCAUCUUCUCGCCGCAGUCGCCUAUCGGCAACCACCUCACCGAGCGCACACGUAUCUCGGGCAAGACUCUCAUUAAUCAUGAUGUUGCCGAGGAUGAUGAGACACGUGAGCUUUUGAAAGAUCCCGUUGCUUAUGCCGAGAAUGGCGCAACGCAACAGCGUAGAGCUACGGCACCGCAGCUACCCAUUGGUCGUAUGGCUAACCUGUCUUUAAACACGGCAACCACUGGGCCGACGGCUCUGACGCAGUAUGGGCACCCGAGCAUGACCCCUCUGUCUGCACACGCCAAUUCCCUGUCUCCAACUGUGAUGAGUAGUGCGAGUCAUUCAAUGAAUUAUCAGAUGGGUAACCAGCAUUACCAGCGCCACAGUAAUUUUCCGCCCGUGAAUCCUGCCGACCAGAAUCCACCAUGCAAUACGCUUUAUGUUGGCAAUCUCCCAAUCGAUACUUCCGAAGAGGAACUCAAAGCUAUGUUCUCCAAGCAACGGGGCUACAAGCGUCUUUGUUUCCGUACCAAGCAAAACGGUCCAAUGUGCUUUGUUGAAUUUGAAGACGUAUCAUUCGCCACCAAGGCUCUCCACGAGCUAUAUGGUACGCCACUUCAUAACAGCAUCAAGGGAGGCAUUCGUCUUAGUUUCUCCAAAAAUCCCUUAGGAGUCCGCUCAGGCCAAUCCCCGGGGCAGAAUGGUCCUGGUUCUAUGGCGGGUAUGAACGGGAUGAUGGCUGGACCUGGGAACGGCUUUACAAGCGCCAACGGCCCACCUCCAGGCCUUGCAGCUCCUCCUGGUCUCGGUCGUAUUGCUUACAAUGGUGGAUCAACGACACCUAGUAGCACGACCACGCCGUAUUCAUCGACAACAUUCCCUAGUGCCAACGGUAAUAUAUGGAAUAACCCAUUAUACAACGGACCGCUAUCGGCUGGUGGUGGCUCUUCUGCGGUCAAUGGAACCGCAUCGGCGUUUCCACCCUAUAUGAUGGGGCGAUAA